AUGGCCUCAUACUCGACCACCGUCACCAAGAUCCCUGACCUGGGUCCUGCACCCGAGGAUGCCUCAUUCAAGCCUCACCAUGUCAAGAAGAACGGCACCAGAGUCGGCUUCAAGAACGUCCACCCUUCCUUCGGUGAUGGCAUCGGCCCUUCUAAGAUGUUCCGACAUGUCCUCUGGCCGCAAUUGACCGGCGAGCUCAAAUGGCCUGACACCACGCCGCCAACUGUGACCGUCAAGAAGCCUGAGUUUCUGGCCACCCGCACCGCCUCGGACAAGCUCCGCGCGACAUGGCUAGGCCACGCCUGCUACUACGUUGAGUUCCCCUCAGGCCUGCGCGUGCUCUUCGACCCCGUCUUCGAGGACCGCUGCUCGCCCUUCUCCUUCAUGGGCCCUAAGCGUUUUACGCCCAAGCCCUGCGAUCUCGCCGACAUUCCAUUUGUCGACGCCGUCUUCAUCAGCCACAGCCAUUAUGACCACCUCUCUCACGAAUCCGUCCUCACCAUCCAGAAGCACAACCCCAAGGCCCACUUCUUUGUCGGCCUGGGUUUGGAGUCAUGGUUUAAGAAGGCCGGGCUGAAGAACGUGACAGAGUUGGACUGGUGGGAAGACGCGGAGAUCACCUUGAACGUAGACAAGGGCGUUGAUGAGGCGCCAGAAAGUAUCACCGCCCAAGUUUCAUGCCUCCCUUGCCAGCACACCUCUGCACGCACGCCCUUCGACAAGGACACGACGCUCUGGGCUUCAUGGGGCGUCAAGUCCGCCGGCAAGUCGGUCUGGUUCGGAGGUGACACCGGGUACCGCGCCGUGCCGUGGACCCCGCUCGACGUGGAUGACUACGGCCCAAAGUACGCGCACCUGCCCAUGUGCCCGCAGUUCAAACAGAUUGGCGACCUGCGGGGACCCUUCAAUCUAGGCCUGAUUCCCAUCGGCGCGUACUUUCCCCGUGUUGCCUUCUCAGGAAUGCACGCCAACCCUUUCGAUUCGGUUGAGAUCUUCAAAGACACCAAGUGCGAGCGCGCCAUGGGUAUCCACUGGGGAACGUGGGCCCUGACCAUGGAAGAAGUGCUGGAGCCGCCCAAGCUUCUUCAAGAGGCCAUGAAGCGCAAGGGUCUACCCGCAACGGGUGUGUUUGACGUGUGUGAUAUUGGGGAGAGCAGGGAGUUCUAG